GAUUGUCAUUCGGUCUUUUUUUUGGGGGAAAAACAGCUGCAGACAUAAAGUAUCCAAUCGGAAAAAUGGCUCUGCGUGUUUUUGGUUUAAAUUUAUUAAAAAACAAUAAAAAUUUAACACAAAACCUACAGCGUUUCAAUAAUGCCGCCUUAACCAAUACAGUGCUCCAGCAACAAAAUGCCAGUUACAGUACUGAGGUAACAGUUCAGGCUGCUCCUUUAGCGGUUAAAAAACAAAAAGUAAGUAAAGCUAUGAAAGCUUAUUUGGAACGUGCCCAGGAACAUGAUGAAUUCAUGAAAACUCAACAAUUGGAAUUUCAAAUUGGUAAACGCCAUUUGGCCAAUAUGAUGGGUGCCGAUCCAGAGACCUUUACGCAAGAGGAUAUUGAUAAUGCCAUUGAGUAUUUGUUCCCCUCGGGCAUUUACGAUAAAAAAGCCCGACCUAUUAUGAAAAGUCCCGAAGAAGUAUUUCCAGCACGUAAAGCAGCUGAAUUCGAUGAGACCGGUAGACCAUUCCAUAGUAUGUUUUACACUGCCAAUCCAAAUUUCUUUAAGUUAUUAUAUGAUAUUGUUGAGGAACUCAAUAAGUUGUAUGAUUUGGAGGAACGAAUGAUGCGUCGUGGUCAAAAGCCCGAUCCCAAUCAGAAAGUCGAUUUAACUGGUUUCAAUUGGAUCACCAAAGAACAAAUGGAAUUAGAAUUGGUGGAAAAAAUCUCAGAUAUUGAAUUCAAUAGUUUCAUUACCGCCAUGGAACGUCUAGUAUCGCAUCCUUAUUCGUACAAAUGUAAAGAAUUUAUUGAUAAAUAUACAAAGCCUUUAAUGGACAAAUCGAGUCAAUUGGAAAUACCAAAACCACAAAUCGAUGAACAAGGUCGCCAAUAUAUCACUACCUAUGAAUGUCUACGUAAAACAGCACGUGCUGAUGUUACUGUACGUGUACCUGGUACUGGAAAAAUUUCCAUAAAUGGCAAAGAUAUAACAUAUUUUGAUGAUAUACAACCACGUGAACAGGUUCUGUUUCCAUUGAUCUUUGCCGAAAUGUUGGGUAAAUGUGAUGUGGAGGCCAAUGUAGAGGGUGGUGGCAGUUCUGGUCAAGCUGGCGCUAUACGUUGGGGUAUCUCCAUGUGCUUGCGUAGCUUUGUUGAUCAAGAAAUGAUUGAAUCGAUGCGCUUAGCUGGUCUUCUAACACGUGAUUACCGUCGCCGUGAACGUAAGAAGUUUGGCCAAGAAGGUGCCCGCCGCAAAUACACAUGGAAGAAACGUUAAAUUUUGUUUUUGUUUGUCUGUGACUUAUGUAUGUUGCAUAUGUUGUUAAUAAAGUUUACAUUUUAUUUAAAGGUUUUAAACCCAAUA